GAUGCACGCCGGUAUGUGUACCAUGUAUUCACCCACUGCCACUGUGUGUCAGCCGUACAGCAUAGUUCCUAUAGUUGGAAUCCAACACAACAUCUAUCUCAAGGUGAAUAAUAUUGGCACAAACAAAUUAUUCUAUAUGUCGAUGAUGACUGCUGGGGCUCCACAAAUACCUUAUAUUUGACGUGCAGCAUACGAGCUUGUUAUUUGACGUGUGCAUGUGUGUAUAUAAUAACUCGUGAGCCGGUUGAUGACUGAUUCAAAAGUUUGUUGACUUCUUUUCAAAUACAAUUUGUCGUAUAAAGAAAUGCUUGUUCAAGGUUCAUGCAUCUACCUGGCAACUGCUCAUAAUAUAUUUUCGAAAGAUCUAAUGUGCAGUGUUUAAUCUAAAAAAUUAUAAUUUACGUAAUUCAAAUGUAUAACGGUUUAAACAAUGUAAACUUCGUUUUUCAUAAAAGUUUUAUUACUACAAGGAGAAUAUAGGAUAACACAUUCCAUAAUUAUGGCGAAGUCUACAGACACAUUCCUCUGGACUUCAAAAUUACAAUGUCCAUCAACAAUAUGCAAUGAAUCUGUAAAAAACAUAUUAUGCUCAGGAUUUAUUGGACUCCUCUGGGACGAUUUAGCUGAUGUUAUUCACAGUGCCCAAGAAGCACAGACAGUACGGAAAAAUAUUUUACUACAUCAUUUAAAGCAAGGAACAUCUAAUAAAGUUAUUCAAUGUAAGAAAAAUGUGUUAAAACUGAAAUCAGAAACAAAUGAUUUGAAGAAUGAAAUAUCUAAGUUAGAAAAAGAAUAUGAGCAACAAGAUUUUGUAAUUAGACAGAUAGUUAAGAAGCAAAGAGAAAUUUCAUCUAAACGUUCUGAAAUAAGAAGCAGAAGAGAUUUACUUAAAAUGAAACAUGAUGAAACAAUUACACAACUUCGGGAUUGCAAUGAUAUGAGAUUAGUUUGUCAACAUUUAAUGCCAGCAACUUGUAAAGAGUUAGAUCCAAAAAGAUUGAUGGAAAUGUCAGAUACAGUGAUAACCCUUUGGACUGGAGCAAAUAAAAAACAAGCAUGGAAUAGAAUAUCUAGCAAUCUUAGUCACAUUGAAGUUCCUACAUUGUGGCGUCAUAUAUAUCAAAACUUAACGGAAGACGUGGAUGCAUUAAUUAUGUCAGAAAUUGCAAAACCCAAAUGUAGUGAUGAGAAAGGUAUAAAUAUUGGUAUAGCUAGGAUAUAUGGACAGCAUAUUUGUAUGGUUUCCAGACAAUUAAUCCAUAAAAAGAGAGCAAAUAAUUAUCAACAAAAUGUAAUGGAAUUUAUAGAAAAAAUUGAGACAGCUUCAGAUGAUGCAGAUGUAAGUGAGUGGUUAGCAUUAACACUGGAAGUUCGAAAAUUAGAAACAGAGCAAACAAGUUUACAAGUAGAAAUUGAGAAAAUUUGUGGCAAUUUGUAUGAGGAUGAGACCAUUGCAGUUGAACUAGCACAAUUGACAUCAGAAAUUGAAUAUAUCGAUACUGAAAUUGCAGGAUAUAUACAAGACAUACAGCAAUCCAUAGGUCUUUUAAAAUCUGCACCAGUAUUUCUCAUGAAAACGAGAGAAAAGAUACAUUUAGAGUUGCAAAGAAUAUUGGCAAUGCGAGCAGACGGUUAUGACUCAACAGUAUUGAACAACAAUUUAACUACCGAAUUAGAUAUAUUUUAUGAUGUUUUAGAUUUGAACGCUUUAAGGAAAGUGAUGUUAAAAGGAGAUAUUGGCGUUUACAGGCACGUAAAGAGUUGUUUCAGUGAAGCUUCUAUUUCAGUUCCAGCUUCUAGAGUUUCACAUGUUACAUUAUAUUUCCCAUUUAUCCAGACACCGAUAUAUUCUUUAAUAGAAUGUUAUAAGAAUUUAAUUUUGAUGUUUGCCUAUAAAAGAUUUGAAUCAUUAGAAAUCGAAGGAGAUACAAAUCUAGUUGAAUCGUCUAAAGUAAAUUUCAUGUCCUCUUCACAAAUGUACGAAGAGAAUAAUUAUAAUACACUUGAACUUCUGAACUCAUCGAAAGUUGUUAAUACAAGAGCAAAAGCAGAAAUUAAUGAAUUUAAUGAACUUCUAAAUGCUUGGGUAAAUCAGACAGUUCAAAAGAUAAUGGAGAUUAUUGAGAAAACCGUAGAUGAUGCUACUUUCCCACAAUGGACUGAACGUUAUGAUUUAUUACUAUAUAUGCUACAAAAUUCUAGAUAAUCUUAUUUUUUUUAUCAGUUGGUUUACAACGCAAGGUCUCAAAGUCGGCGUUAAACGGUAAUGCAUAAAGAAAAUGAUUCAGCUUGUAUUUAUUAUUCGUUCAUUUAAUAAAAAUACCUUUAAUUUAAUUAAA